AGUCCAUAUUUGUUUACCACUUUAGGUGAGUUGCCUGUUCAUAUCGUUGUGUGCUUGUCUUACUGACAUCUAAACUUUUUACAAUCGUACAAUGGAAAGGUUUAAUUAAACUGUAUUUUCAGAACAGCAGUUUUAGCGCAUGACGGUAUUGUAUAUCACUUUCGCGUUUCAGCAGUGGUAUAUGCGAUUUCAAUGUAAUUUCAUUUCACAAAAGACGAACUUUGAUAUCUAAAAUGGCUUCGUCGUGGAAUAAUAUUCAGAAAGCCGCUCUGGUUGCAGGUGUUUCCAUACCACCAGGUUACGCGUGGCUUCGGUGGAAAUACCCUCAGCUAUGGACCGACAUACAUUUUUACCGAAAGUUAAAAGCCUACUUCAAAAUGAUGGAGCACUGCCAGAACUCGAAGCUCUCAAUCCUCCACUUCUUCGAGGAAAAUGCCAGAGUGAAACCCAGCCACCCCUGUAUUCUAUUUGAGAAUGAGACGUACACCUAUGGAGAGGUGGCUGCUAACGUGAACCGCACAGCUCGGUGGGUCAUAGGUUCGGAUCCCAGCUUGAAGAAAGGAGACGCUGUGUGUGUUUUAUUACACAAUGGACCUACUAUCGUGUGGACUUGGUUGGGUUUGCAGAAGAAGGGUAUCAUAGCAAGUAUGAUCAACUACAAUCUAAAAGGACAGGCUCUCCUACACUGUAUUAAAUCGAGUUACGCAAAAUACAUCAUCUUCGGUUCAGAGUUUCUAGAUGCGAUCAUCGACAUCAAAGAUGCCCUACGAGAUCUGAAUAUGGGUUUAUGGAUGAUCAAUGAUACUCGCAUCCCUGGUCUCCUACCACCUGAUGAUGUGGUUACCAUGGAGAUAUCAACGGUGUCCGGAGAAAACUUCCCCACUGUACCAAUCACUGGUCUCUCAGAUGUCGGUUCUUAUAUAUUUACAUCUGGAACAACAGGGAUGCCUAAGCCUGCCGUCAUUGGUCAUAACAAGCCCCUAGCUGCUGCCCUCUUCUACCAUAUCAACACCGGUCUAGCACCGGAUGAUGUUCAUUAUAUAGCCUUACCAAUCUACCAUUCAGCAGCUCUACUCAUGGCAGUGUCAGGGAGUAUUUAUCACGGUGCUACCCUUGCAAUAGCACGGAAGUUUUCGGCAUCACAUUUUUGGGAUGACGUCAGGAGGUUUCGAGUAACCAUCUUCCAAUACAUCGGAGAGAUAUGCAGAUAUCUCCUAGCCCAACCUCAGAAAGAGAACGAUGGCGUCUACCCUCGACCGGUGAGGGCGAUAGGUAACGGUCUCAGACCCGAUAUCUGGAGGGAGUUCAAAGCAAGGUUCAACAUCCAACAAAUUUUCGAGUUCUACGGCGCCACUGAAGCCAACUUCGCUUUCCUCAAUACAGAUGACCACGUUGGGAGUAUGGGAAGAUACUCCUGGCUUUUAAAGAGGAAUGUGGGCAACGUAGAAAUCGUUGAUUGUGACACCGAGACUGGAGAACCAAAACGUGGUCGAGACGGUCUAUGCAUUCAGCUGCCUCGUGGCUCGAUAGGUUUGAUGCUCUUUCAGAUCACAGAGAAAGCAGCAUUCGCUGGAUAUCGUGGACCGGAAGACAUGACCCGGAAGAAGAUUGUGAGUGACGUAAAGACGAAAGGAGAUUCAUAUUUCAAUACUGGAGAUCUCGUCAAGAUAGAUGUCGAUGAUUACAUUUACUUUAUUGAUCGUCUUGGAGAUACAUUCAGAUGGAAGGGAGAGAAUGUAUCAACCCUUGAAGUUUCUCAUGCUCUUGGUUUGUUUCCAGCAAUAGUCGAAGCCAAUGUGUAUGGUGUUCAUGUACCAGGUCACGAUGGACGGGCAGGGAUGGCAUCCAUUGUUCUACAUAAAGGAGCCACCUUAGAUUUCUCAGCUCUCUAUCAGCACAUCACCUCAUCCCUCCCAGACUACGCCCGGCCGAAGUUUCUCCGACUGCUCGAUGAGAUGGACCUAACUGGUACAUUCAAACACAAGAAGACUGAACUGAUGAAGAGGGGGUUCGCUCCCGAUGGAUACGGAGAAGUUUACAUCAUUGACCCGUCAAAGAAGACAUAUGAACCAAUUAAUCAUGACCACAUCAAGGUGUUAACAGCAGGUCAUUCAAAGUUAUAAUUCAUCAUGUUUAUUAUAUCAAUCAUAAAUUCAAUCUUGAACAUGGAGACUAAAAUCUUGAAUAUAAUAUGUGGAGCGUUGUGGCCCAGUGGAUUAGUCUUCGGACUUUGAAACAGAGGGUCGUGGGUUCGAA